AUGAGUUUCCGUGCUAUAACUGCAAAGGCUACUGCCAGGCCAAUGAUGAGGGUAGCAGCUCGUCAGAUUCCAAUUGGUGUGCGUUGUAUGUCUACUCCUGCUCCUCAGGAGCCAAAGGCAAAGGCCAAUUCGAUUAUUGAGGCUUUGCCAGGUAACAGUGUCUUGUCGAAGACCGGUAUCUUGGGUACUUCGGCAGCAGCAGCCAUAUACGCUAUCUCUAACGAACUGUACGUGAUCAACGACGAAAGCAUCCUGUUGGCCACUUUCUUGGGUUUUUCCGCAAUCGUGGUCAAGUUUUUGGCUCCAGGCUACAAGGAAUGGGCAGAUGCUAGAGUCAAGAAAGUUCACGACAUCCUAAAUGCUUCGAGAACCAAGCAUGUCGACGCAGUUAAAGACAGAAUCAACUCUGUCUCUGAGUUGCAAAACGUUCAGGACAUCACCAAGGUUUUGUUCGAGGUUUCGAAGGAGACCGUCAAGUUGGAAGCCGAGGCUUUCGAGUUGAAGCAGAAGGUCGAUUUGGCCAACGAGGCUAAGUCUGUUCUAGAUUCGUGGGUCAGAUACGAGGCUUCUGUUCGCCAAUUGCAGCAGAAGCAAUUGACCGAAGCCGUGCUUGCCAAGGUCAAGGCUGAAUUGAGCAACCCAAAGUUCCAAGACAGGGUUUUGCAACAGUCUAUCACUGAAGUUGAGCAACUGUUUGCCAAGUUGAAAUAA